CACCAUGCCACCUGAUCAAUGUGAUAACGCAUAUAUUAUAUGCAUUGCCAUAUAAACAUAUUUAUAUAUUUACAUACGUACAACCACAGCCGAUUCAGCAUACUUUGUUGCGCAAUCGUGUUCUAAACCUUGAUUUUCUAGUUCCUUAUCCUUUCCGUUAACUUGAAAAGCGAUCAUGAAAGUAUCUACUCUGACCCGAGGAUUGCUAAGUGCAAUAAAAUCAAAUGCGAUAUGUUCUACUCGUUCGCAUUUCACGUAUUAUCCCACCAAAUUAGCCCAGGGCGUGCGCGAUGUCCAGAAAAUGAAUAUGUUCCAAGCUAUAAACAAUGCGAUGGACUUGGGUCUUGAGCAAGAUUCGUCAGCACUAUUAUUUGGUGAAGACGUUGGUUUUGGCGGAGUUUUUCGCUGUUCUAUGAACUUGAGGGAUAAGUACGGAAAAGAUCGUGUUUUUAAUACGCCUUUGUGCGAACAAGGUAUUGCUGGAUUUGCAAUUGGUGUAGCCAACACUGGCGCUACUGCCAUAGCCGAAAUUCAAUUUGCUGAUUAUAUAUUUCCAAGUUUCGAUCAAAUCGUGAAUGAGGCUGCCAAAUAUCGUUAUCGAAGCGGUGGAUUAUUCGAUUGCGGUUCGUUGACGUUCCGCGUUCCUUGUGGCGCUGUUGGACAUGGCGCGUUAUAUCACUCACAGAGUCCCGAGGCAUACUUCGCUCAUACUCCCGGUCUACGUGUCGUGAUUCCACGUGGUCCAAUUAAGGCAAAGGGGCUUUUAUUGGCAUGCAUAAAAGAUCCGAACCCGUGUAUUAUGUUCGAGCCUAAAACUUUAUAUCGCGCUGCUGUUGAGGAAGUGCCAACGGAAUCUUAUACAGAAGAAUUAGGAAAAUGCGAUAUUUUACGCGAAGGUACAGAUGUGACCCUCAUUGGAUGGGGUACACAGGUUCAUGUCCUGUUGGAGGUCGCAGAUCUAGCAAAAAAGCAAUUGGAUAUAGAUUGUGAAGUUAUAGAUUUGGUUUCGGUCCUGCCAUGGGACACCAAGACAAUUUGCAAUUCCGCUAAUAAAACUGGACGUGUUUUGAUUGCCCAUGAAGCGCCUUUUACUCAAGGAUUUGGCUCUGAAUUAGCAGCUUAUAUACAAGAAAAAUGCUUUUUACGUCUUGAAGCACCCAUCAAAAGGGUUACUGGCUGGGACACACCAUUCCCCCAUGUGUUUGAACCGUUUUAUUUACCCGAUAAGCACCGCUGCUUAGCCGCUCUUAAGGAAAUCGUCAACUAUUAAUUAGAAAUUAUUUUAAAACUAUUUACUGGAAACGGAUGCAUUUAUUUACAACUAUGUCGUUGCUUCAUUAUACAGACUCCUUAUAUUGGGUAACUGAAACGCUAUAUGUUAGUGUUAAUGGCGCAAGGCUGAAUAAAUAAUAAUAAAUACAUUUAUAGAAUCAA